UGAAAGAACAAGUGAUGCAAGUAAGAGAGGGAGCAAAAAGAGACGACAGUGAGAAUUCAAGGAUCCUUCGAUUUAGAAAUUGGACCUUUGUUUCACAGAGACGGGAGAGCAAGCCAAAGAAGGUAACCAAAACUCAAUACAGACCAGAGAUUUAGUGACACAAUUGUCCUCUCUGUUUUAUAUUACUUUAGCCAGGAAGGAAGGAAUGUUUCAAGAUGAUUUCAUUAGCAAAGUGUUUUUCUUUUGUAGAAUUACUUUAUUUUUGUAAAACUGUCUUCAUUUUGGACAGAUAGGUAAUAGUCACAAGAGACCAUUACAGUAUUAUGAAGUGCUAGCUGUGGUAAGCUACAUUAUGGUAGUUGACAUCUCGAGUGUCUGUUGUAGCCUACACAUGUGACACAACAUAUUCUGUCUGUUAGUGGGCUGUCAAGGGUUGCAUUUCUCUCCAGCAAUAUUACUGUUUGGAGCUGUAUUCAUGGCUUGCUUAUGUGUUUAUGUAGGUCAUGUUUCUCUCAUUCGAAUUACUUUUGGGUAAAAAGAUUUCCACCAGUGCUGUGUUCAGUCAGUGUGGUGAUAGCCUCACCUGCUGGUGAUAUGUUGUAACUGCAGUGUAAAGACUACAUUGGUGAAUCCCCAGGUGCUGUUAGCCGAGGACCCAAAGGAUGGAUUAUGCCAUGAAGUCCCUCAGUCUCCUGUCCCCUGCCUCACUCUCCAAGUAAGAGCCUGAUGCCACACCACUAAGGGGAUGUGCCCUAUUGGUAGCACUACUAUUGGUCAUCAUAAGACUGCAUUCAGUAAUGUUUAAUGUUUGUUGAUUUUGACAUUGUAGGACAUAAGUCAUAGUCAAAAUUAGCAUCGUUUUCCAAUAGAUUUUACAUCAUUUGACUCUGUGUGCUUGCAUAUGUGUCUCCAUCAGGUGUGUGACAGCCAGUGCCUCCAUGACCCAGCAGCUCCUCGUCGGGACUCCUCGGCCUAAGCCCUUCCGGGUCACCAGUGCUGACCGCAGCGUUAAGAAGGGAAUCAUGGCUGAUGGGCUACGAGACCUACUCAACAAGGUGAGGAGAACGGUGGAGGAAAAGGGAGGGAUGAAGGAGAAGGAAGAGGGUGUUUGAGUGAGGACUACAAGUUUGAAUGAGAGAAGAGUAGUUUAUGAGUGAGGGAGGAGAGGGAGUCUGGUUACCUAUUCUUUACUUAGUCAUGGCAUCAUCAUUUCAAUCCAGUGAGCAAUGUGACUCAGAGAUGGAUAAAGGAAUGAAAGGAUGGGUGAGUCAGAGGCUUUCAAAGGGAAGCAGAAAGAACUAACGGUUUUCCUCAAAGGCUUGUAUGCUGGAGUACGUGCUCACAUGCACAUACUGACAAUUGUCUCUGUUGUUCUGGUCUCCAACUGUGACACUACUGCUGUCUUACGCACAUCUUUGAAAACUUUAACUUAAUCCGGAUAAUGAUAAUAAAUGUUAAUUAAGCUUUUCAGGAACUACCUACUCAGCAGAGACAUGCAAAUGUAUUCAUACACUCGGUAUUUGCAUUAUUCACUGUAUAAAUCUAUGACGCGCAAGAGAAUGGAGUGGCUAAGUACAGUUGAAGUCGGAAGUUUACAUACACUUAGGUUGGAGUCAUUAAAACUCGUUUUUCAACCACUCCACAAAUUUCUUGUUAACAAACUAUAGUUUUGGCAAGUCAGUUAGUCGGCAUGACACAAGUAAUUUUUCCAACAAUUGUUUACAGACAGAUUAUUUCACUUAUAAUUCACUGUAUCACAAUUCCAGUGGGUCAGAAGUUUACAUACACUAAGUUGACUGUGCCUUUAAACAGCUUGGAAAGUUCCAGAAAAUGAUGUCAUGGCUUUAGAAGCUUCUGAUAGACUCAAAUUAUGUCAAUUAGCCUAUUGGAGGUGUACCUGUGGAUGUAUUUCAAGGCCUACCUUCAAACUCAGUGCCUCUUUGCUUGACAUCAUGGGAAAAUCAAAAGAUAUUAGCAUUACCUCCACAUGUCUGGUUCAUCCUUCGGAGCAAUUUCCAAAUGCCUGAAGGUACCACAUUAAUCUGUACAAAUAAUAGUAUGCGAGUAUAAACACUGUGGAACCACGUCUUCCAAAUGGACAAUGACCCCAAGCAUACUUCCAAAGUUGUGGCAAAAUGGCUUAAGGACAACAAAGUCAAGGUACUGGAGUGGUCAUCACAAAGCCCUGACCUCAAUCCUAUAGAACAUUUGUAGGCAGAACUGAAAAAGCAUGUGUGAGCAAGGAGGCCUACAAACCUGACUCAGUUACACCAGCUCUGUCAGGGGGAAUGGGCCAAAAUUCACCCAACUUAUUGUGGGAAGCUUGUGGAAGUCUACCGGAAACGUUUGACCCAAGUUAAACAAUUUAAAGGCAAUGUUACCAAAUACUAAUUGAGUGUAUGUAAACUUCUGACCCACUGGGAAUGUGAUGAAAGAAAUAAAAGCUGAAAUAAAUAAUUAUCUCUACUAUUAUUCUGACAUUUCACAUUCUUAAAAUAAGGUGGUGAUCCUAACUGACCUAAGACAGGGCAUUUUCACUUGGAUUAAAUGUCAGGAAUUGUGAAAAACUGAGUUUAAAUGUAUAUGGCCAAGGUGUAUGUAAACUUCCGACUUCAACUGUAACUACUUUCGAGAGGGGGAAUGAUUCAGUAGCAUGACUGGACUCGUUCUAUAUCUCUUCCAGGCUAAUGGGGUAGUUUGUUCCCUCUCAGGCCAUGGACUCUCUGCACGUGUCCUGCGUCAGUGCCCUGGUGCUGGAUGAAGACGGGACGGGGGUAGAUACGGAGGAGUUCUUCCUGACCCUGCCAGACAACGCUGUCCUCAUGGUCCUGGAGAAGGGGCAGAAGUGGACACUUCCACAGGUUGGUAGGGCGACAUAUGCAUGACCAUCUUACCACAGGUCCACCAGGUGGCGCCAUUACACAGGGUCACUCUGAUAGAAUUGUGAAGAGGACUCACUUCUGUGUAUAUCAUCAUCAUUGCCGAUGUGUUUAGAGAAAAUGGGACAAACGAGAAAAUCUACUACUCCCGUAUUGUAUAUGAAUGACCUGAACUUUUGGGAUUUAAUAUACAGUAUGCCUAUUCAGAAAUGAUUCCAUUCCGAUAAAUGCAAAAGCAUUCUUAUUCUGGGUGAAGAGUUGAGUGAAAGUAUGUGUGACAUAUAUGGCAAAUCAUAACCCCUUAAUUAGUUACCUCACAAUUUUGGGCAUAAUUAAAGCACCAUUUGAGUCAGAGUUGAGUGGUGUUUGUUUUUCCAAAGUAGAUAAUUUCCAUUUUCAUUAAAUGAUGUGCUGCCACCUGAAUGGCAUCACCCUGUGUGUUUACUUGGCUCCUGUCAUGUCAUGCUGAGCGUGUUACAUUAACAUAAUACAAUUUCCUCACCUGUUGUCCUUCCGCUGUUCAGAAUGAAUUAAUCUGUAUUCAAAUGUUUGUUACGUUCCUUUGCAGAUGACUGGAGCUCUUGGGUGGAGGGGAGGAAAAAUGUUUGUGUGGGGGGGAACUAGCUAGUCUUGCGUUCAUCCAUCUUAGUUUGACAGACACUAAGUGGCAGAGGUUAUCUAUGCAGUUUUCCUUCACACUCAAUUUACGUUUCCCUCAAAUAAGCUGUAGGAGACUAGACUUAAUUUGUGUUAACUGGGGAAAAUUGAUUUGCUCUUGUUUCUCCUCUAUCUCAUAUCCCUCCCUCCCUCUGUCUCCACCUUUCUACUCCCAGAACACUCAUCCCCGAAUGCAAAAUGAGCUCAAACACCAGUGCAGGAAAGAUGUGGCUAGAAUAACCUUUGACCUAUACAAGAACAACCCUCAGGAUUUCAUUGGCUGUCUGAAUGUGAAGGCCACCCUGUAUGGCACCUACUCUGUGUCCUACAAUGUGCGCUGCUACGCUGCCAAGAAGAUGCUGAAGUGAGUGAUCUGUGUGUGUGUGUGUGUCACUGUCUGUUUAUGUGGGUAGUUGAAGGUGAGGAGGUAAGGUCUAGGAAGAGGUUGAGUUGAAUCAGUGCCUUCAGAAAGUAUUCACACCCCUUGACCUUUACCACAUUUUGUUGGAUUUAAUUGUCGUUUUUUUCCCAACUAUUUUUCAACAAUGUAUGGAAAAUAAAACACUAAUAUAGCUUAAUUAGAUAAGUAUUCAACCCCCUGAGUCAAUCACAGGAGGCUGCUGAGGGGAGAACAGCUCAUAAUAAUGUCCGGAACAGAGCAAAUGGAAUAGCAUCAAACACCUGUAAACCAUGUGUUUGAUGUAUUUGAUACCAUUCCACUGAUUCCGCUCCAGCCAUUACCACGAGCCCGUUCUUAAGGUGCCACCAACAACCUGUGGAGUCAAUACAUGUUAGAAUCACCUUUGGCAACAAUUACAGCUGUGAGUCUUUUUGGGUAAGUCUCUAAGUGCUUUGCACACCUGGAUUAUACAAUAUUUGCCCAUUAUUCCUUAAACAAUUAUUCAAGUGCUGUGCUGUUGGAUGUUGAUCAUUGCUAGACAGCCAUUUUCAAGUCUCACCAUAGAUUUUCAAGCCGAUUGAUUCCAAACUGUAACUAGGCCACUCGGGAAAAGUCAAUGUCAUCCUGGUAAGCAACUCCAGUGUAUAUUUGGCCUUGUGUUUUAGGUAAUUGUCCUGCUGAAAGGUGAAUUUGUCUCCCAGUGUCUGAACCAAGUUUUUCUCUAGGAUUUUGCCUGUGCUUAACUUCAUUCAGUUAAUUUUUAUCCUAAAAGACUCCCUAGUCCUUGCCGAUGACAAGGAUACCCAUAACAUGAUGCAGCCACCACCAUGCCUGAAAAUAUGAAGAGUGGUACUCAGUGAUUUGUUGUGUUGGAUUUGCCCCAAACAUAAUGCUUUGUAUUCAGGACAAAAAGUGAUGUUCUUUGUCACAUUUUUUGCAGUAUUACUUUAGUGCCUUAUUGCAAACAGGAUGCAUGUUUUGGAAUAUUUAUAUUCUGUACAGGCUUCCUUCUUUUCACUCUUUCAUUUAUGUUAGUAUUGUGGAGUAACUACAGCCUCAGUUUUCUCCUGUCACAGCCAUUAAACUCUGUUUUAAAAUCACCAUUGGCCUCAUGGUGAAAUCCCUGAGCGGUUUCCUUCCUCUCUGGCAACUGAGUUAGAAAGGGCGCCUGUAUCUUUGUAGUGACUGGGUGUAUUGAUACAACUUCACCAUGCUCAAAGGGAUAUUCAGUCUUCUUUGCAAACAAUUGGAAAACAUCCCAAGUCUUUGUGGUUGACUCUAUGCUUGAAAUUCCCUGUUCGACUGAGGGACCUUACAGAUAAUUGUAUGCGUUGGGUACAGAGUUGGGGUAGUCAUUUCAAAAAUCAUGUUAAACACUAUUAUUGCACACACAGUGUGUCCAUGCAACUUAAGUGACUUGUUAAGCACAUUUUUACUCCUGAACUUAUUUAGGCUUCCCAUGUCAAAAGGGUUGAAUACUUAUUGACUCAAGACAUUUUAGCUUUUCAUUUGUAAUUAAUUUGUAAACAUUUCUAAAACAAUUCCACUUUGACAUUAUGGGAUAUUGUGUGUAGGUAAGUGACACAAAAUCUCAAUUUAAUCAAUCUUAAAUUUAGGCUGUAAAACAACAAAAUGUGGCAAAAUGUUGAGGGGUGUGAAUACUUUCUGAAGGCACUGUAUGUUCAGAUAAAUUUAGGAAGGUUAUGGCAUACGUGCUGAGAGCUGCUGAUUUUCGGCUUUAGCUGAGUGGUUGUGACAACGAGGAUAAAAUUGUGCAGAAUCAACAAAUAACAGGUUUCUAGGCUCUUUGAAAAGUCACUGGAGAGAAUGAAACCUGUAUCUCAACUAGGAGAGAGAGAUUAGGGAGAUGCAGGUUCCAGCCCUGUACUGUCAGCGUUUCCCUAUCUUCCUGACUAUAUGUUUAUAUAAUGUCUAUCUGUUUGUCUCUGUGCCUCAUCUGUCUGAUCACUAUCUACAGUACAGGUAUCUGUCUGACAUAGGGUUGCAAAGGUACCGGUAAUUGACAAACGUUACCGGAAUCUUCAGUAAUUUUGGUGAUUAACAGAUAAUCUAUGGUAAUUUUGGUAAUUUAUACUUGAAAAAUGUAUUCAUAUAUACAUAACCUCCCUUUACAACUCUCGUCUGACAUCUGUUUCCCUGUUCUUGUAGGGAGGCUCUGAGAUGGACCCUGUUCUCCAUGCAGGCAACAGGCCACGUCCUCCUGGGCUCCUCCUGCUACAUCGAGCAGCUCCUGGAUGAGGAUGACCGGGCAGACCGGAGCCUGCCCCCACUGCCGCAGGACGGCAAGAUCAAACAACUACAGAGCAUCCUGAUGGGCAAGACUGCUGUGAUGGGCAAGAUGGCUGUGAUGGGCAAAACUGUUGUGUGACCUAUCCCAAUACUAUGAACAUACAUCCUUCCCUUCUCCCUUCCUUGAAGUAAUCACCCAUCUAAAUCGAUUUUAAAGGUGAAAGGGAAUGCUACACUACAUAGCUUGCACCUAUCCAGUCAUGGCUGAUUAGUGAUCACUUCAUGGAAAGGAAGAAUGGAUUGUCAGGAUAUUCGAACAGGGCUCUGCUCAGAGAGACACUCUAAAAGAGGGAAUUUACUGUUUGCUAUAAGGAAUGGGUACAGGCAAACUGCAUGACCAAUACCAUGGCACAGUGCUGCAUCACUCUGAUGUCAUGGUUACUGUGGCAGGUACACACCUUUUGGUUAGGUCACUCCUCUCGGUUGAUGUUUGGGACAGGAAAUGCAGUGUUGUCCUACAUUUUGGCUGCGAUCACUUGCACUUUGUUACAUUUUGUCUGUCUAUAUGGCUUGCAACACUCCACAAGCAAAUGCACUUUUCUAUUGCAGUGACUGCUGCUGGACUGUAUCUUAAACUGAUAGAAGGCACUUGGCUUUUUUCAUAUUAUUAAGCAAGAAUAAAUCACAAGAAUAUUAA